AAGCUAACAUGGUGGAGAGAGAGAGAGAGGGUGACCACUCUGGAGACAGCAUAACCCAUUACGAGUCAUUUUGUACUCUCUCUUCUCUUUCUUUAAUAUAAAAAAACAAUAUUCGUGUUCGGUGCAAAAGCUAAAUACUUUGUGGAGUAGCAAUCAAUUCGAACCGAGGAAGAAGAAAGAGAGAGACCAGAGUCGAUCUGGGUUCUCGUUAGUUUCUCUCGCAGUCAUGUCGGGAAUUUAGCGGCGAGCAUUCAUUUCUCCUGUCUGCGUUUUGGGUUUUCUUCUGAAUCUUCGUUCUUCCCGCAUUCAGUAUUGUCUCCUGCGUGUGAAACUCUUCUCCUGCGACAACAAUGGCGUCGAGAACCAAAACCGGGUUAAUGGAGACUCCUCGGAGCAAACCUUCCCCACCAACAUCCAGGGUGAGUAAACUUUCGUCUAAAUCAGACGGCAAUUCACAGUCCCCGCCGCCAAGUUCGCGUCUUUCUCUUGACCGAUCCCCACAAUCAGUUAACUCGAAGGCUGUUACUGAUCGUCGAAAUGCUCGUGUCCCUACUCCACCUGAGAAAGCACAAUCUCGGUUGGGGUUAGCAAAGGUAUCUGACCUGCGGGCUCAACUGAAUCAAGUUCAAGAAGAUCUAAGAAAAUCCAACGAGCAAAUAGAAUUUCUCAAGAAAGAGAAAGCUAAGGCACUUGAUGAUCUUGAACAGUCUGAGAAAUCGGCAGAAGAAGCCAAUGAGAAACUCAGAGAGGCGUUGGCAGCUCAGAAACAAGCUGAGGAGGAUUCCGAGAUUGAGAAAUUCCGAGCUCUUGAACUUGAACAGACAGGAAUCGAGGCUGUUCAGAGAAAAGAAGAGGGGUGGCUGAAAGAGAUUGAAUCUAUCAGAAAUCAGAACGCUUUGGACAUUUCAGCUCUCGUAUCUACCAGAGAAGAACUCCAGAGGGUAAAACAAGAAUUGGCUAUGACAGCUGAUGCCAAGAACAAGGCACUCAACCAUGCCGAGGAAGCCACAAAAAUUGCCGAAAUUCAGGCUGAGAAGGUGGAGAUUCUUUCUUCUGAGUUAAGCCGGUUAAAGGCCUUGCUUGGUUCAAAGGAAGAAAAAGUGGCUAUAGAAGGAAACGAGAUGGUGUCCAAGCUGAAAUCUGAAAUCGAAAUGUUGAAGGGGGAGCUUGAAAAAGUUAAUGUCCUUGAGAAAACUCUGAAGGAGCAAGAAGGUGCCCUUGAGCAGCUUCAGGUUGAUCUAGAAGCUGCUAAAAUGGCUGAAUCUUGUGCUAAUAGUUUAGCAGAAGAGUGGAAGAACAAGGUCGAUGAACUGGAGAAACAAGUUGAAGAAUCAAACAAAUCGAAGAGAUCUGCUUCAGAAUCUCUGGAGUCUGUUAAGAGACAGUUAGAGGAAAACAGUCAGUUGCUGCAUGAGGCAAAGUCAGACAGCGAUGCACUAAAAGAGAAAGUAGAGUUGUUAGAGGCGACGAUUGGACAACAAAAGCAAGAUCUUGGGGAAUCAGAACGCCGAGUUUGCAGGGCAAAUGACGAAAGUUCUAAGCUGGAAAAACUCAUUGAAACAAUGAAAUCUGAUCUUAAAGUGGCAGAAGAGGAAAAAGCUAGGGCACUGGAAAAUGAAAAGGCUGCAACAGCAGAUAUUCAGAACCUACUAAAAGGAAAGAGGGACCUUGAAAGCGAGUUGGAAAGAUUGAAGAAGGAAGAAGAGGAGAGCAAGAAAGCUAUUGAAAGCUUAAAGGUGGCAUUGCAGGAAGUAUCCAGUGAAAAGCAGGAAGCGGAGGCAAAGCUCCUGGCAUGUGAAGCAGAGCUUGAGAGCCGCAUAGCUGAGAUUGGAAGUUUGAAGAUGGUUGUGAAAGAAACAAAUGAAAAGUAUGAGAAAAUGCUUGAAGAUGCGAGGCAUGAAAUUGCCAAUUCGACAAGUGCUCUCGAGAAGGCAAAGAAUGAGUUCCAGAUUUCUAAGACUGGAUGGGAACAACAAGAACAUCAUUUGAUUGAUUGUAUGAAAAAAACAGAGGAAGAAACUUCCUCUAUGCAGAAGGAGAUAAACAAGCUGGAGAAUUUGCUUAAAGAAAGUGAGGGUGAAGUACUUGCUGCAAAGGAAGAAGAAGCCAAGUUAAAAAGCAAUCUUAAGGAACUAGAGGUGGAGGUUAAGUACUUGCAAGAUGCUCUUGGAGAAGCGAAAGCUGAGAGCAUGGAGCAUAAAGGAAACUUGUUGGAGAAAGAAGAAGAGGUAAAAAGUAUCAUUGUUGAAAACAACAAUCUCAGAGAAAGGGAAACUUCUUCUCUUGAGAAAAUCAAGGAGUUGUCAAAAGCGAAUGAAGCUUUGGUUGAUAAAGAAACCAAGCUUCAGACCCUUAUUCAAGAAGCUGAGAAGCUCAGAGGAAGAGAGGCUGCUUAUCUUCAGAAGAUUGAUGAGUUAUCAAUAUUGAAGGAAAUGUUGGCUGAGAAAAAAACCGAACUUCAGAGGAUCGUUCGAGAAAGUGAGGAGCUCAGAGGACGGGAGGCUGCUUAUCUUAAGAAGAUCGAGGAGAUUUCGGUGUUGAAUGAGAGCUUAGUUGAUAAAGAAACACAACUGCAAACUGUUGUUAAAGAAAGUGAGGAGCUCAGAGAAAGGGAAUCUGCUUAUCUUAAAAAGAUUGAGGAGUUGUCAAAGGUGAAUGGGAUCCUAGCAGAUAAAGAAUCAGAACUGCUUAGCACUAAUCAUGAAAAAGAAGAGCUCAAAGAAAGGGAGGCAGCUUACCUUAAGAAGAUUGAGAAGUUGUCAAAGCUGCAAGAGCAUCUACUUGACAAAGAAAAUGAGUUGAAGAGUUUGAUUCUUGAAUUCGAGGACCUUAAAGCUGAGAACUCUUCAUCCCAAAGGAAGAUUGAAGAGUUAUCAAAUCUUAAUAAGAGUUUGCUCGUCAAGGAGAACGAAUUACAGGGUGUCAUUUGUGAAAACGAGGAGCUGAAGUCUAAGGAGGCUUCAUCGCUUAAGAAGAUCGAGGAGUUGUCAAAUCUUGAACUAAGUUUGCUCGAUAAAGAAAAGGAGCUGAAGGCUGCUAUUGACGAAAAUGAAAAGCUUAAGGCCAAAGCAGUAUCAUCACUUCAGAAGAUUGAGGAGUUGUCAAAUCUCAAGCAAAGUUUGCUCGAGAAAGAGAAUGAGUUGCAGGCUGUCAUCCACGAAAACGAGGAGCUUAAGGCCAAGGAGGCUUCAUCUUUGAAGAAGAUUGAGGAAUUGCUACAUCUCGAGCAAAGUUGGCUUGAUAAAGAAAAUGGAUUUCAAAGUGUCCUUCAGGAAAAUCAUGAUCUUAAAACAAGGGAAGCUUCAUCGACUAGGAAGAUAGAGGAGCUUUCAAAGCUAAAAGAAAGUCUGCUUGAUAAAGAAACCGAGUUGCAGAGCCUUAUCAAUGAUAAUGAUGAGCUAAAAUCCAGGGAGACUUCAGCUCUUAGGAAGGUUGAGGAAUUAUCAAAGUUGCUAGAAGAAGUUUCUUCCGCCAAAAUGAAACGAGAGGAGAAUGGUGAGCUCACCGACAGUGAGAAAGACUGUGACUUGUUUCCGAAAGCUGUGGAGUUGGCCGAGGCAAAUGGUACCAGAAGUGGGGAAGAGAUCACAAAAACCGAAUCUUUUCAUCUGGAAACCAGAGAACAGACCAUACAAGAAACUUUGAAGCAAGUGAUCGAAAAAGAUACUUUCAAGAAAGUGAUUGUUACAGAUUCAGUGGAUAAUGAAGCAAACCAGUUGACAGCUCCCAAAGUUGAGGGCAGUGGAGAAGGAAAACCAAACGAGAAAGACGAAGGUACUGCAGAAGACUCAGUUGAAUUCAAGAAGGAAGUUUCUCCAGAAAGAGAGGCCGAGCAAGAGUGGGUCGAAGAGGAAAACGAAGCAAAAGGAGAAGGCAGUGGUAACUUCGAUCAUCUCACCAAUGGGUUAUCCUCAAUGGAACAGCCUGAUGAAGGUGGAAGUGUACUGACAAAGGAUCAACAACACAAGAAAAAGAAGCCUUUGCUCCGAAAAUUCGGAAAUCUGCUUAAGAAGAAGAGCACAUACAGCAGCAGCAGCCAGAAGUAGGAAGAGGAUACUAUGAGUGCACUGUGAUGCUAUUAUCUUUGCAGCUAAUCUUUUCUUGUUUGAAUUGUUUUGCCUUUAAAUUCAAGAGUAUAGCUUAAAAUUGAAGAAGGAUUUGUUCUGUUUAGGAUCUCGUUCUUGAUCUGGGAUUAGAUUUAUGCCCAUGAUGGUGAUGGUGAUGGUGAUGAUGAUGGAGAUACAUGGGAAUGACUAUAUUCGGAA